AAUUUCACUGCUAUGUUUUAUUUUUCUGCUAACAUUAUCAGAUGAGCUGUGUUUGACAGUAGUGUGGAAUCUGCUUCUUGCUUUGCUCUAGUAGACAUUUACACUCUGUCUCAUGUCCGUGGUGUUUAUUUACUGCAUUUACGACCCAAAUACUGAAUCGCUAGCGAGCUAACUAGAUGCAGUGACAGACAUUAUAGAUUAAAUAAUGAAAAAAAAAACAACAGCUGUGUGAAUAAUCUCUUAAAUGCGUCUCAGUGUUUUCUCUAGCUCUCUGUCAUAACGCCUGAGUUUUUAUUUUCCUCUCUAUGAAUCUGUAAUUCAUUGUUUUUAAAUUUUAGCUAGCAGUGUGCCAGUAAUCUCACAGGCCGUAUAUCUUCUGAUAGACUUAUCAUCCAAGAAGUACUAAUUGUCCUAAAGUGUGUCCUAAAAUGCGUCCUAACAUGAGCCAGGAUGCUUUGGGGAACCUGAGUGUGUCUGUGUUUGAUAUUUAGUUUGUGUUUUCGGGCUUCUGACAGCACACAGUGUUUAUGAACAAUAAAAUGAUUCAUUCCGCAUUGCUGGUGAACUGUGAACUGUGAUUGGUCAGAAGCUGUUGAUUUUCUGGGACAGUAAUAGAGGAGUAAAGCUCAGGCUUCCACACGAUACGAUUUCAGGUCAUAAGGAAAGGAUUCGAUAUUUGGUGAUACCACUGAAUCAGUUACAGUACGAUAUGAUCUGGAUUCAUGGCAUAAUGAUUCGAUAUUUGAUGAUACCACUGAAUCACUUAUAAUACAGUGCAAUAUAGAUUCAUCAGGAAAUUAUACAAUAUUUGAUGAUACCACUGAAUCAACUAUAAUACAAUACGAUUUAGAUUCAUCAGUAUGAAUUCGAUAUUUGUGGAUGUAACCGAAUCAGCUGCGGUAUCAAAUGAUUUCGAUUGAUAUGAAUGAAUUUUGAUUCAUUUAAACCUAUAUGAUUUCAAUUCAUGAAUCACUCAUUUAACAUUGAAGUUUCGAUUCAAUAGUUGAUGAUACUAUGGAAUUUGCUGUGAUAUGAGAGGAGGAGGGUUUUGAUUCAUAAGACAACGACUCCAUAUUUGACACCGAUACCACCGAAUCUGCUGCGAUACGAUACGAUACGUUACUCUUCAGUAUAGUAUCCUUGGAUUAAUAUGUGUCCGACUUUGUUCAGAAUCCAGUGGUAGGCUUACCAUUAAUUUGUGAAUGAUGAUAAUGUAGAGAAGGACUGUUUUCGGUAUCAGCGUUACGGGCAAAUCACCCUGCUAGCCUAUUUGCACAUCUGUUAAUAAUUAUAAAUGAUUUUUUACACAUCAGUAGUUCAGUUUAAGUGAUUCACAAUCAUUUAUAAUCACUGAUAAUUGAUAUAUAAUUGUUGAGCCUUAUUGGAUUUCAGUCACUGCCUUUUAAAUCAAUUAAUCGAUCCAAAUCGUGCAGUCGUGACACACCUACAGACAGUAGUGCCGGCUGUAAGGCAAUGAACAUGUUUAUAUUAAUGUGCUUCUUCUAACACGUUAUUGUUUCUGCAGUAACAGUUAAUUCACAGGGACUUGUUAGUGGACAGUCCACAUAAUUUAUAUGGAAGAAUAAAUGGAUUAAAAGCAUGUUGUUAUUUAACAAUGAAAAACAUCUAAGCAUUGAUAUGGUGAAGUUUUCUGGAAAGGAUAUGUUUAUUUGACAUUUAUGGAAGGAGUCUGUAGUGUCAGCGCUUUGUAACAGACAGUAAGUUUUCCAGAAUUGGAAAGUCUUCAGGACAAAGGACUUUGUGCCUGUUGGUUUCUCUCUUGCAUGACAAGCUGAAUUUUUUUGUCUUGCUAACUUCCAGAGAGAGAAAGCGAGAGAGAGAGAGAGAGAGAGAUAUGAGGGUCUGCGGAGAAUGGAGUUUGCGGAAUUGAUAAAGACCCCCCGGGUGGACGGUGUGGUCCUGCACCGUCCCUUUCUCCCCACCGUGGAGGGAACUCUGUGUUUAACCGGCCACCACCUCAUCCUGUCCUCACGCCAGGACAACACCGAGGAGCUCUGGCUGCUCCACGCCAACAUCGACGCUAUUGAGAAGAGGUUUGUCGGCUCUCUUGGCUCGAUUAUCGUGAAAUGCAAGGACCUGCGCAUUAUUCAGUUGGACAUACCUGGCAUGGAGGAGUGUCUCAACAUUGCUAGCUCCACUGAAGCGUUGUCCACACUCGACUCAGUCUCCCUGAUGUAUCCUUUCUUCUACCGGCCCAUGUUUGAGGUCAUUGAUGAUGGGUGGCACUUGUUCUCACCAGAAGAGGCCUUCAAAGAUCUGGAAUCGAUGACAGAUGAGUGGAGACUUAGUGAAGUGAAUAAAAACUUCAUUGUUUGCCCCUCCUACCCUUCACUGGUGGCUGUACCCAAGGAUAUAGAUGAUGACACUCUGUGCAAAGCUGCUGCUUUUCGACACGGCGGACGCUUCCCAGUGCUCAGCUACUACCACAAGAAGAACGGCAUGGUGAUGAUGCGAGCAGGGCAGCCUCUGAUUGGCACAAAUGGACGCCGCUGUAAGGAAGAUGAGAAGUUGAUCAAUGCUACGCUCCGUGCAGGGAAACGUGGUUACAUCAUCGACACGCGCACUGUUGCCGUAGCGCAGCAGGCUAAGGCCCGUGGUGGUGGGUUUGAACAGGAGGCGAACUACCCGCAGUGGAGGAGAAUCCACAAAGCUAUUGAGAGGUCCAAUAUUCUACAAGAGAGCCUGAUAAAGCUGGUGGAGGCGUGUAAUGACCACUCGAACAGCAUGGACCGCUGGCUUAGCAAACUGGAGGCCUCUAACUGGCAGAGCCAUGUAAAAGAGAUCCUCACCACUGCCUGCUUGGCUGCUCAGUGCAUUGACAGAGAGGGUGCAUCAGUGCUAGUCCACGGGACAGAGGGCACUGACUCCACGCUGCAGGUCACCUCUUUAGCCCAGAUCAUCUUGGAUCCAGGCUGCAGGACAGUCCGCGGUUUCCAAGUCCUCGUGGAGCGUGAGUGGCUGCAGGCAGGUCACCCGUUCCAGCAGCGCUGUGCCCAGUCUGCGUACUCCAACGGAAAGCCGAGGAGUGAAGCACCUGUGUUCUUGCUCUUCCUGGACUGUGUGUGGCAGAUCCUGCGCCAGUUUCCUUGCUCCUUUCAAUUUAAUGAACACUUUCUGGUCACGCUGUUUGAACACGCUUACGCCUCCCAGUUUGGCACUUUCCUGGGAAACAGCGCUGCCGAGAGGGUGAAGUUGGAGCUCUGUCAAAAGACUGUGUCCCUGUGGUCAUGGAUGAACAGGCCUCAGGAGCUGGAACGCUUCCUUAACCCUCUCUAUGAGGCCAACAGUCUUGUGAUCUGGCCAUCUGUAGCCCCGCAGAGUCUGCUGCUGUGGGAGGGUGUGUUUCUACGCUGGAAUCGCUCAACCAAGUGUCUGGACGAGGCGUACGAGGAGAUGGUCCAUAUUAUUGAAUACAACAAGGAGCUACAGAAUAAAGUGAACAGCCUCAGGAGACAGCUAGCUCAACUAGAGACAGAGGACGGCCCUCUUCAGAGUACAUAGACAUGCAUCUUGACCUUACCGAGAAUUCUGAGUCUUUCAGAGUCUUGGAGUUCCUGUUCGGCACUACUGAAAUUUAUUCUGACCCAUGCAUGUAUGUACACAUGUGCACACAUUCACACUCAUCACGUCUGCUCAGUCAGAGUCAGACUGUCUUAAAGUACUCCACCUAUGUGUAAUCAUUGCUUGUUUUCUUUUUUUUCACUGAUAGUUCUGUUUGCCCUUCACUCCGUGCCACUUCAGGUGCUUACACACACUCAAAAAAAAGGCUAUGAUAACAUUAUGCAUAUAUAUAUAUAUAUAUUUGUGGCUAUUCAGCAACUUUCAUACACUAAGUGAAACUUACUGAGACAAGCGGCCAGUUACUUGACAUGUAGGUGAUUGUAUGUGACCAAACUGUGCAAUUAUUUUGACUUUUUUCACAGUAAUGGAGGCCUGUGAUGGCCAGUGUUUGCCCAAAAGCAAUUUGCUCUGAAUUCUUUUGUUGUAGAACAGUAGUGAAUAAUUUGUCAGUGUAAAGAAAAUUAUUUUAUAAGGGAAAUGAUACUUGCUUUAGUUUGGGAAGCAGGAACUGUACAGUAAAAACCCUGUGGCUUUUGCACCGUUUGGUUCAAUGUGCCCUGGUGUUCUAAAGCAUAUACAUGGUGUAGCAGUAAUCAGGGUUAAGCAAAGCACCUCUGAAAACAAAAUGUGUUAUAUUGAUUCAGAAUUCCUGUGUGUUGGUUGCAAUUAACAUUCAAUGCUUUCUUGUUAUUAUUCAGUUUGUUGCAGUGUAACUCUAAGACAUGGCCGCAGAUUUUGACACAGCCUUGCAAGCUAUCAUUCUUCUUCUUAGAAACCCUCCUUAAAAUAAAGUAAAAUAUAAAAGUAAAAGCAGUAAAAUAUCUAAAACAAAACAAAAAUAAACAUAUAGACAUUCCCUACUGUUGAAAUGUACACUAAAAAUCUAAAAACCGUACUUAAGUGCGAGACCCUUGUGUCUGCAUACGGUAUUGAUUGUGUCUGUGCUGUAGACGUUACACCUGCAUUCGAUUCCAGAUAAUGGUUUAAAACCAGACACUUAAAAUACUAAGCUAUUUUAGGCAUGUGUGUCAUCACCGCCUAUAUGGAGAACACAUCAUUUUUACAGUUAGGCCAUUUUGCUUAGCAAAAUGUGCCACUCUGAUAUUACCCACACCCACAUGAGUGCAGUCUGGGUUGAUCUCAGAAUUCUGUCCCUGACUUGUCUGGCUUCAAGGGCAGAAUGUGAAAUGAAAACUGCACUGUAAUGCUGAUGUGAAGGCUGGGCGUAGUGACUCAUUCCAGACGUUCAUCCAGCCUAAAAAAAAUCAGCACUGGUCUCAUGAUAUAUACCACUGAGUCGCUGCCUUCCUUAUUAUAUCCUCCAGUGUGGAGUUACAUGUAUUUAAAUUCGCACAGAGUGAGGUCAUAGGGUACAGAACACUGUCAGGACAAUACUGUAUGUUUCACAUGUUUAUUCAUCUGUAGCUGAGUAACUCCUCUAGUGUUUUGUAGUCAGAUUGUUACCAUCUUACAUCUUAUAGGAUUCAUUGUGGCAACAGCUGGCGACAGGUUUCGGACUGGCAUGUUAACCAAAUAAUUUGUGUUGUACUGUACUCAUUCACUGUUUACCCAAAAUAUGCUUUUUCUGUCAGUAAAAAUUUGUUUUUAUAAAUGUCUCUUCAGUGCAAUGCUUUACUGAGAAAGUGAACAUGCUCUUUGUACCUAAUUUCACUGGUUAUAUUUCAGUGUUUAAUGCAUAUCACAUGUUGAUGUACAUUAAGUGUAGAUUUAUGUUAUAGUCUUUGGGCAUUAAAAUGUUCUGUAGGUGGUUUCAUAUAAAAUAUGAUUAAACAAACCCUUAAUAAAGUUAUAACAUGCUA